AUGCUUCAAGUACGGAAAAAGGGACGUCCGUUGACCCAAUGCGACCACUGCCGCGAUCUACGGAAGGUCAAGCAAGUUCAUGUGCGCUGUAUAUGCACGCCAGACGAGUCUGAAGCGCCAAAACGACGCAAAGGGAAAGAUACAAGUGCUCCGAAACAGCAUAAUGGUUGUGAUUGCGACAAUACGGGUAUCUGCAACUGCGCCGUCCCGCGUACAGUAGCGAGCCGCACUGGUCGCAAGUACUCUGGAGCCGAGGACCGUGCACCACCGCAACAAGCGGUAGCGAAGAGUAACUGUAGUUCACCAUCGUGCUCACACACAGAUGGGUGCUCUUCUUCGGGCGAGGAUGGCUCAUGCUGCACCAGUUCGAGCCAGUCUUCAUCCGCGAAUAGUGACUUGCCACUUUCUUCGUCCUCUACGUCUCUUCUACUCCCGACUUCCGCGCCAGUCUUGGUCAAUCCAACGGACACUUUUACAUCCACAUCUAACUCUUUCAAUGCGUUCAACUCGACGUUUGAUUCGCAAUUUGCAUCGUACAUUCCCCCGGUGCUCAACGAAGAAUCCUUUCUGCUCCAGCAACAAACUCGACAGAAAGCCGCCCGCUACACACCGUACCCACAAUCUUUCUCCGCCCUGACAGCACCUGGUGUAGCCCAUGUGUCGCCACCAUUUUAUACCGACUACCCUUUCGAGACUGUUCUGCCGAUAUCUUCUCAUCCAUCCGACGAUGCGAGGACAGCACAACUUUGGGAUCAGUUCCUCCGUGACGAGACGAACCCGGCCAUGGAGGAUCCAAUUAGUCCUGCGACUCUUCCAACAAUUGCGCCUACAACCAUACCCGCGCCGCCACCUGCCGUCGCAGGAGCUAGCCCUGUCGAAGAGUGUACUCCUCCCAGCGAUGAUCCGGAUGAUCUCUGCGACGAAGGGUGUAUCUGUAUCAAGUGCCUUACCAAGGUCAACCCAUGCCUCGGACAAAAGUCAGAGGCACAGAUGCUCGACUGCGCGAUUCUGAUGGCAAAUCUUAACCUCGACGACGAUGAAGUAGCAUCCAACAUGUCCCUGAUGUCAGGUCUCAAACCUGCCCAAUUGAGGAACAUUCAAAAGGAGGCAAAGUCACGGUUGGAAGAGGUCGGUAUGACGCCUCCGCAGUCCGACGAUAGCCUUCUAGUUGGCAAGAAGGCAUUCGAGGACAGUCUCAAGGUUCCUCCGUCAAUGAACCCGGUAACAAGUUCUGUCUCGCCACCAGCUCAAAGCGCGACCACAACUCCAACUACAUCUGUCCCGAUGACACCCCCAAGAUCCAAGGAAGCAGAAGAGGUCCUGGCAUCACUCGGGGAAGGAAACGUACCCUUACUCUCAAAAUGCACGUGUCCAUCUGGAUGUACUUGUUUCGCUUGCAGCGGCGGCUCCCAGUCGAAUCUGACAUCAGAUAACAAUUGCACACCCUGUCCAAGUUGUGCCGCCGUCAGCGAGUCGAUCCUCGAACUUCAACGAACAUUGAAUGUCGCAAAUAUUCCCGCCCUAUCAUAG